UGAAAGACUUGGGGAAAUGUUUGACAGGUUGUCAAAGCGACCUCGAAGAGCUGUGCACUUAUGCCAAGCAAGCAACUAGGGUCGUGAUUGGAGCUGGACGAAGUGGAAGGGGUUUGCCAUGUCGCUGUCUUACGAAGCGAUGACGCCAGAACAGCGCGAGUUGUAUGAGAAAGUCAAGAAUGCGAGUGGUGAGCUUAGUUUCCGUUACCAUCACAUUGGUGAUGUUGAAGCGCAGGCAAUCGCUGAAGCACUCAAGGUGAACACUACGCUCACCCAGCUCACCCUGCAGCGCAAUCAAAUUGGUGAUGUUGGAGCGCAAGCAAUCGCUGAAGCACUAAAGAUGAACACGACGCUCACCCAGUUCGACCUGCACAACAUUGAGAUUGGCGAGGUCGGAGCGCAAGCAAUUGCUGAAGCACUCAAGGUGAACACGGCGCUCAUCCAGCUCGAUUUGAGCUGGAACAGUGUUGGUGACGCUGGCGCUCUUUCCAUUUCGGAAGCACUCCGACAGAAUAAGUCUCUGCAAAAUCUCCGUCUGGAAUCGAAUCAGAUCGGAGCCGCUGGGGCACUUUCCAUCUCGGAAGCACUUCAGAAGAAUACGACCUUGCAAAAUCUCAAUUUGGCGUACAAUCAGAUCGGUCAUGUGGAGGAGAUGGUACUGCGCCACAGUAUCCAUCCAACCUUGCGAUUGGGAAUCGCCGACGGAUACGUGCGACAGGCGUUUUCCAAUAUGUUCAGCAUUGCCAAUUCCACCGAUGGUAUUGACAUUUCGACAGUCAUUCUGCGUGAGAAAGACGAAUCCAUGAUUUUGAUCAUUUGGGAUUUCGCUGGUCAAGAAGUCUAUCUGGUUUCGCACCAGUUCUUUCUUCGUGAACGAACGGUCUACCUGGUCUUGUUUGACGUGCGUGAAGACUUGUCACUCAAUUCGCGUCUUGCCUUCUGGCUACGCAGCUUGCACGCUUGCGUUCCAAACGCCGAUAUCAUUCUUGUUGGAACCCACAUUGAUGAUCCGUCAUACGCUUCGGAGCGGCAGCAAGAGCAAAAACAAAAUCUUGCCAAUCUGCUCAGCACCCUGAAAAAAUCAAGUGUUUCGUUUAACGUGCGUUCGACCGUCUACAUUAACGCGCGGAACUCUACGGGGGCCCCGAGCAUGCCGGAACUCAAGAAUGCAUUGUUUCAAGCCGGACAAAAGAUGCCGUUUUACACCCAACUGGUGGAUGGCCGGUACCUUCAGUUCAGAGACUUGCUCCGAAAGCGAGCCGAUCAGUUGGUCGCCCAAAACAAACCGCCUCUCUGUCGAUGGCAUGAAAUUGUCGAGCUUGGCCAGUCACUGCGUCUCAGCGGGCGAGCCAUCGAUGCAUUCAUGGAGCUCUUGCGUUUUCAAGGCUGGGUCGUUUUCCACCGUCUCGCCGAUUCAGCCACCCAAGACACGCUCAAUGUUCCCGCGCUGCAACCUGCUACUCUCCUCGCUUCGUUGGACGAUAUAGUCAUCUUGAACCCUCAAUGGUUCACGAAAACAGUCCUGACUGGAGUUAUUACCCAGAAGCCUAAAGAUCGAUGGGUCAAGGAUGGUAUCGUGACUCGCAAGAACCUGCUUCGAAACGCUUGGAAGGGCAUCGAUUCUGCGAUUUGUGAUCAGUUUGUGCUGCUCCUUCAGCGAUACGAGCUUUUGUACAAGAUGAGCGAUGCCGAUCUCCUUGGAACCGAUUCUGCUUCAAGCGCCGGCACUUGCUAUGUUAUCCCUUCGUACCUGCCAGCUUACGAGUUUGACUCUAGUAGAUGGUCAUCGAACCCUGCAGCGGGCGAGCAUGAAGUUGCCAUUGUGAUGGAGACCAAGUUUUUGCUGGAAGGAUUUUUCUCGAGGCUGCUUGUGCGCUUUCACGAGCGGAAAUUCAAUUUGAUGGCGUGGAAAGAUGCUGUUCUGGUCAAUUACGGCGGCCCUCGAGCACUACUGCGUGUUCAUCGCAACGCUUCCAAUGUGCGCCUCGAGUUUACCGUGCGAGGGCAACAUCCAGAGGAGUUGCUGCCAACCCUGAUUGAGAUAUUGGACAAGCUCAGCUCGGAUUGGUAUCCUGGAAUCUCGUGGGAAACCUACCUGCGCUGUCCCAUGCAGGUGCCUCAUGACAAACCGUGCAGGUGGCUGCUCCGACCUCAAGUUCGAGACGCGGUGAUUGACAAGAUGAAAAACUUAUCUUGUUCGCACACGCUCGCCACUUUCCGCAAGGAGGAAUGGCUUCCUGUUCUCAGCUCGCUUUUGCAGCGUCGCUUGAACGCUGUUUCGCAACCCACACCGGAGGAUAUCAAGGCGCUACAGGAACUCGAGCGGCAACCACCAUCUAGCGAGCUUGAAAGAGCUGCGACGGAAGCUGCAUCGCCUGCCGCACCACUGGUUGCAUCCGAACAGCGACCAUUGCUGGCGCCAGCAUUGCAGCCUAUCAUCGAUGGACAAACCCAGCAUCGAGAUUUUGCAAAUCCAAGUACACAGCAAUCUGGAAUUUCCACUACUAUUCCUCGAGUUGGUAUGCAAGAGCUUUCUCAAGCCACUGGCAACUUUGCCGAAUCACGGCGCAUCGGGGGCGGCGGCUUUGGCAGUGUCUACUCUGGCACCUGGGGUGGUGCACACGUUGCUGUCAAGCGGUUGGCGGCGAAUUCAAUGCAAGGUGUGGCACAAUUCAAGGCCGAGCUCGAAUCCCUCUCUCGUUUUCGCCAUUGCAACAUUGUGACUAUCAUGUGCUAUGCUCUAGAAGGCAACAACUACUGCCUGGUGUGCGAGCUGAUGGCAAAUGGUUCAGUCCGUGAUCGUCUGGAUUGCACGAACGGCACGCCCGCUCUGACUUGGCCACAACGCCAGAGAAUCGCAACCGAGAUCGCAAGCGCUAUGAACUUUGUUCAGACUGCCAUUCCACGGCAGCCGCUGUUCCACCUGGAUCUCAAGACUGACAAUGUUUUGCUGGAUGCUGAGUUUCACGCCAAGGUCGCCGAUUUUGGACUUACGCGCUCUAGAGGCCAGAUCUCCAUCAAAACAGAUGUGUACUCGUACGGCAUGAUUUUGCUCGAGUUGCUGACUGGAAAGCAGCCUGGUAGUGCACUUGUUAGCUCAGUGAAACGUGCGCUUAAACAGCAAGGUCGGCUCGAUUCCGAGUUGGAUGCGUCAAUCGUGUGGGGUGCUCCAGACAAACUCGCUGCCACCUCAUUCGCGCAUCUUGCUAUUGCUUGCCUCAAGCCCGAUCGAGUGGACCGACCAACCUUUGGCGAGAUGCUGACCACAACGGGUCAAUAUGUCGAUCAGGGCAACGCACAUGCUCAUGCUGCAAUGCCGCACAAUCCCAGGAUGGAGCAUCAUGACAGUAGCAUCAAGGAGCAGUCGCAACCUAAUCUAAAUUCGGAUCUCGCGAGCUCUAGAAUGGAGCCGCAGCUUGACUCCUGCAGCGGAUCGAAAAUGAGCUCGAACAGCGAUCGCGAAUGCAUGCUAUGUUACAACGCUCCGACGACAGCCAAGUUGAUGCCUUGCUGCCACGCAUGUGUUUGCGUGGCGUGCGCUCAAGAAAUGAUUCGACGUCAGGACAAGUGCAUGGUUUGUCGUGUCAUCCCGACCGCGUUCGUGCCGGGUUCUUUCAACCAGACGUUUGUUCCGUGAACGUGUUUGUUUGGCGUUUGACUUUUUGUGCUUUUUGUGGUGAUUUGCUUUGAUUCAACGACUUGUCAACCGAUGCCCUUUUUUUCGUUCAAACUCGA